ACUAGUUCCAAGAACUGCAAAAUUGCAGUUGCGUAAUAUCCUGUCAGGAAGGCUAGUAAGCUAUUAUUCCUCACAGAAAAGAGUCUCCUAAGAACGUGUGGCUGUCUCCUUCUUCCAAAAGUCUUUCUUUGGAUGUGGAAAGUGUUCUUUUUUCAUAAGUUCCUCUCGAUUGUCAUUGGUCAUCUCAUUACUGCUAAAAGAAAAGCUAAUUUGUGGCUAUAUAAAAUCUCCAGUAUUUUCUCGAUGAGUCUAGCUCAAUGUAGAACAAGAUCUGGGAGUGAAAAGGAGAGCUUUGGCAUGCCUUGGUCAGCUGGUUCAUGAGCAGUAACCUGGAACCAGGAUGGAAGAGGAUGUGCUGACCACCCUGAAGAUCCUGAUCAUUGGGGAAAGUGGGGUGGGCAAAUCCAGUCUUCUGUUGAGAAUCACAGAUGAUACCUUUGAUCCAAAUAUUUCAGCAACAAUUGGUGUUGAUUUCAAGGUUAAAACUAUAUCGUUUGAUGGAAAUAAAGCCAAGCUUGCAAUAUGGGAUACUGCAGGUCAGGAGCGCUUCAGAACACUGACGCCUAACUAUUACAGAGGUGCACAGGGUGUUAUAUUAGUUUAUGAUGUCACAAGAAGAGAUACUUUUGUUAAGCUGGAUAAUUGGUUAAUUGAAUUGAAUACACAUUGCAUGGGAAAUGACAUAACAAAAAUGCUAGUUGGAAACAAAAUUGAUAAGGAAAACCAUGAAGUUGAUAGAAAUGAAGGACUGAAAUUUGCACGGAAGCAUUCCAUGUUAUUUAUAGAGGUUAGUGCAAAAACUUGUGAUGGUGUACGAUGUGCCUUUGAAGAACUUGUUGAAAAGAUCUUUCAAACACCUGGAGUAUGGGAGAUUAAGAACCAGAAAAAAGGAGUAAGGCUAUCACAGAAUGAAGAAAGUCCUGGAAGAGUUUGUGGAGGAUGUUUUUCUAUGCUAUAUAGACUUUAGGAACCUCUAUCUUGUGUGUUUUUGAUCAAAUAGUGUCACCUUUCUGUAUAUGAACGCCUUAACCACUGUUUUAGAAACCUUGCAGGUCACACAUACUUGUUUUGUAUCAUGGUAAGGGACAUUUAUAAGAAAAUACUCAGUUUCCCCAGGUAAAAUGUUUAUGGUAAGCAUGUGCAAAUGCAACCUUCAGUCUUUUAUGUAACAUAUAAUGGUUGUGUAUUAUUAAGUGCACUUGAUUUUAUGGCCUAUAUUCAUCAUGUGUUUUGUUUUUUAAUCCAUCCCACAGAUAUCUGUUGUGAAGCUGUCUAUCUGCAUUUUCACCUCCUUUUGGUUAAAUGCUUUUGUUUGAUUACUGGAUUGAUUUACCUAACUCCUAGAAACCCUGGGAACUCUAAGUGGAAUAGAUCUAUUGCUGAUGAAUUCCUUAGUAGGUUUAAGAAUAUGCUCUUACAACAUUUCUAGGAAGUUGAACUUACGGAUUCCUUUUUUUUUUUUUAAUACUUUGCAAAGUUUUUUUAAGUACUUAGCAAAAAUCUUAGGAUACAGCAUGGCUGAAACCUUUUUAUAGUCACUUGCUGACUCCUGAAUGAAAGCAAUGAAAUUACAAAAUUGUGACUUACUUUUAAAAAUUCAUUUCAAUGAAUAACUGUUGUUUAACUGAAGUUUUAAUCCUGUGAUGUAUGCAUUAGAUUAAUGGAAUUUCUGUGCCACAGGUUUUUUAAUACAAGGUUUGAGAGUGGCAGACAAGUCCCACCCCUCCUCCAAACUUUGUUUCCAAACGAAUAUGAAAUUAGUGGGUUCACGUGACUUGUUUAACAUAGUACUCAGCACAUUUAAAAUCCAUUGCUUUUCCUUAAAUGAUAGUAGCUUUUGUCCAAGCAUCUUAACUACAACUUCUUUAAUAUAAUUUUAUGAAAAAUUGCAUCAUAUAAUUUCUUUAAAUGGCUAGUUGAUAUUCUGAAACUUAUUUAUCUGUUUUGGGGAUCAGGGAUAAAAGCACAAAGUAACAGUCAUAAUAUGAGGCAUUAUACAGCUAGCUUCUGGAUUCUGACAUGUGGGGGAAAAUAUUGUUGCAAAGAAAAUCUUUGAUGAACUAUAACAAAUAACAGUGUUUAUCAAAUCUAUCUUGUACCAGUUAAUGAUUAUCUUCAAAAGUAAAUCAGCUUAUCAAUUAGUCAACUUGGAAUUUCACUGGUACAGGGAACUGAGAAGUAAAAUUUAUUGUUAAAGCUCAGAGUCUUUAUAUGUUGCAACCAGGAUAUUUCUUGCUUUUAGGGCAGCUAUCUACUAUGCUAUGCUGUCUUUCUACUUCUGCGGCUCAUUAAAAUACUUCAGUGAUACAGAAAUUAUCUCCUUAUUAGUCUACUUGCCUCUAGUUUCUGCCCCCUCCAAUCCAAUAAUAACAUGCCUGGCAAAUUAAUCUUCCCUCUCCAUAGUCUUCAACUUGUUACUCUAGUAUUCUGUUCAGAAUCUUUAAAUGUUCAUUUAUUGCUCAUAUAAUCAAGUUCAAAAUCCUUUUCCCAGAGGCCAAACUGUCAGACUCAAUUCAAUGGCCCAAAUUGUGUAUAUAUAUAUAUAUAUAUAUAUAUAUAUAUAUAUAUAUGCACGGAGAUACACAGACACACCCAUAAAACUUCUGCAAAAAAAGCAACCACUUUUUUAAGAAAUAGAAUUAAUAUCAAAUCCAACAAAAACAAGUCACUCAGCACAUUUGUCCCAAGUUUUAGUGAAUUAAGAACAGAUUAUUUAAUAUACUAUUUUCAAAUGAGUUCAAACUAGAAGCUCUAUCUGUAGAGGGUGUUAAAGUAGUCUGGAAAUAGGGACAGAGAUUAAGAUGAGGUUAUAGGUAGUUGUUUCUCCAUCCUAUCUGGCAGGAGUAAGAAUCUGAUUUGACUGUGAAUAACCUUAUAGCUAGAGGAGACAACUUAGUAAGACGCAGUCAUUGGGGCCUAUGGUGGUGUCCCAAGAGCACGUCCAGUUUUGUAGCCUAGAGCAUCCAUCAGUACCCCAAAAUUAUGAUUCAUUUAAUUGAGGCUCCAUUUUGCCUCUUUCUUCUUUUCUCCUAUUCCCUAUGGCCAUUUACACCCCUUUGUUUUUUUUUUAUCUUUACUACCUUCACCACUCCUCAAUAUCAUUUGGACCCAGAGCAGUCUUUUGCUCUGAUAUUUUCAUAUACAAGUUCUAUUUGAAGAAUUUUUGAUUCGUGCUCAUAGAUUGCUGCUGUUUCCAAAACUUUGGAUAGAUUCUAGGGUAGUGGUAUGGCAGAAUUGCCUCUGGAGAGUUGUUUGUUAAAUGUGCAUAUUUAAACUUCUAGAAAUGUUAUAAAUUCGGGCUUAAAUUUCUGUUUUAUUGAUUUUCCAGAAUUUUUAGAAAAGCAUUAUUAGACAAACAUAGGAACUGUAUGAACACAAGUACAAAGCACUCUCCACACAAUUAAAACUAAAUCUAAAUAAUUGGAAAAAUAUUGAUUGCCCAUGGGUAGGAUGAGCUAACAUAAUAAAAAUGACAAUCCUACCCAAACUAAUUUACUUAUUUAGUGCCAUACCCAUUGAAAUACCAAAAAACUUUUUUACUGAAUUAGAAAAAACAUAACAAAGUUCAUUUGGAAAAACAAAAGAUCAAGGAUAUACAGGGAAAUCAUGAAAAAAAUGUGAAGGAAGGAGAUCUUGCAGUCCCAGAUCUCAAGCUAUACUAUAAAGCAGUGUCAUCAAAACAAUUUGGUACUGGCUAAGAGAUAGAAAGGAGGAUCAGUGGAACAGACUUGGGGUAAGUGUAUUCAGCAUGACAGUCUAUGAUAAACCCAAAGAUCCCAGUUUUGGGGUCCAAAAUCCACUAUUUAACAAAAACUGCUGGGACAAUUGGAAGACAGUAUGGGAGAGAUUAGGUUUGGAUCAACAUCUCACACCCUACACCAAGAUAAACUCAGAAUGGGUGAAUGACUUGAAAAUAAAGAAGGAAACUAUAAGCAAUCAGGUGAACACAGUCAGAAUAGUAUACUUGUCAGAUCUUUGGGAAAGGAAAGAUUUUAAAACCAAGUAAGAGCUAGAAAAAAUCACAAAAUGUAAAAUCAAUAAUUUUGAUUACAUCAAAUUAAAAAGUUUUUGUACAAACAAAACCAAUGUAACUAAAAUUAGAAGGGAAGCAACCAAUUGGGAAACAAUCUUCAUAACAAAAACCUCUGACAAAGGUCUAAUUACUCAAAUAUAUAAAGAACUAAACCAAUUGUACAAAAAAUCAAGCCAUUCUCCCAUUGAUAAAUGGGCAAGGGACAUGAAUAGGAAAUUUUCAGUUAAAGAAAUCAAAACUAUUAAUAAGCACAUGAAAAAGUGUUCCAAAUCUCUUAUAAUCAGAGAGAUGCAAAAUUAAAGCAACUCUGAGGUAUCAACUCACACCUAGAAGAUUGGCUAACAUGGAAAGUAAUGAAUGCUGGAGGGGAUGCAGCAAAGUAGGGAUACUAAUUCAUUGUUGGUGGAGUUGUGAAUUGAUCCAACCAUUCUGGAGGGCAAUUUAGAACUAUCUCCAAAGGGCGCUAAAAGCCUGUCUGCCCUUUGAUCCAGCUGGGUUUGUACCCCAAAUAUAUAAUAAGGAAAAAGACUUAUACAAGAAUAUUGUAGUGGCAAAGAAUUGGAAAAAGACGCUAAAAGCCUGUCAUAAUUGGAGAAUGUCUGAACAAAUUGUCAUAUCUGUUGGUGAUGGAAUACUAUUAUGCUCAAAGGAACAAUGACUGGAGGAAUUCCAUAGGAACUGGAAUGACCUCAAGGAAUUGAAGCAGAGUGAAAGGAGCAGAACCAGAAGAACAUUGUACACAAAGACCAAUACACUGUGGUACAAUUGAAUGCAAUGGACUUCUCCACUAGUGGCAAUGCAGUGAUCCUGAACAACUUGGAGAGAUCUAUGAGAAAAACCACUCUCCACAUUCAGAGGAAACACUGUGGGAGCAAAAACACUGAAGAAAAACAAUUGCUUGAUUAUAUGGGUUGAGAGGAUAUGGCUGGGGAUAUAGACCCUAAAUGAACAUCCUAAUGCAAACACCAACAACAUGGAAAUAGGUUUUGAUCAAGGACACAUGUAAUACCCAGUGAUCUUGCACAUUAGUUAUGGGCAGGGUAAUUUAAUUAAAAAAUUAUUAUUAAUUGGGGGACAACUGAGUGGCUCAGUGGAUUGAGAUCCAUGCCUAAAGUCAAGAGAUUCUAGGUUAAAAAUCUGGCCUCAGACAUUUGUUAACUAUGUGUCACUGGGCAAGUCAUUUCAUUCAUGUUAUCUAUCACUGUUCUUCUACCUUAGAAUCAACAUACAUUAUUGAUUCUAAGAUGAAAGGUAAAUGCUUUAAGAUUUUUUACUAUUAAUAAUGGAGUUCAAACUAAAAAUGUCUUUCUUGAGUAUUUCAUUUUUUGUUGUAAAGAUAGUUCUUAAAUAUUAACCAUUAUACCUGUGUUCAGGAGUCAUUAUAUAGCUAGAGCAAUAAUUGCAUCAUAGAAUUCUCUUUCAGCACUUCUCUAUAAAUGUAAGCUUUAUGAGAACAGGGACCAGCUUACUUUUGUUUCGCUAAACUCAAUGCUUAAGACGAUUCCUUUUAUAUGUAGGAGGUAUUUCAUAAAUACUUAUAGCUUGAAAAACAAUAUAGCAACAUUAUAUUCAGUUGUCAUAGGUGCACUGCACAGGAAAUGUAGCAGCAUUUUCAAGUUCAAUCAACAGAAAAAAAAUGAUUGUCUAUAUACCUGUUUAUUUAGCUAACUAUCACUCCGUCUAUUCAUGUAUUUAGUAUUUAUCUGUCUGUCUCUAUCAGUAUUCAAUGUCUGUUUAUUACAUUAAAAUGUAUAAAUUUAAACAUUUUUGUGUACAAUCUAAAAGAACCAUAUACAUUGCAUGUAAACAUCAUUUAUUUUGGUAAGAAUAAUAUAAUAUGCUUAUGUAAAUCAUAUAAAUUUUAGAAACAGAAAAAAUCUUGCUAGAAGUUCUCAAGUAUUAAAAGAAUAACAUUGCAUCAGAUAUUGUCUAGUGGAGGUUUUGUUCAAGUGAGGCUUAGGAAAGAUGGCCACUGAAACACCUUUCAGCCCCAAAAUUCCAUAAAGUAAAAAAUAAAUAAUAGAUUGAGGAAGGGAUUUAAUGAGGAAAAAUAUUCCUAAUGAAUCAAAUUUUGAUAUGGGAGCAUAUGGGAGACUUGUGAUGACUUGGUCUAUGCCAGAGGCCACAUAAUAAAUUUCAUAGGUCCUUUGUGACUCUCUUAGAAGCCACAAGCUAUGAUUGCUGAGCUGUUUCCAAUAAUCUUUUGUAAAAGAGUAGAUAUGUGGCAGAAUGGAUAUAGACAAGGGUUUAGUUGAUUUUCAAAAAACGUUAGAAAGUUAAACUAUAGGUUAAUGAGAAUGAUUUUAAAUAUUGGCAAAAUUCUAUAGCAUAUUAUUAAAGUAAAGGCAUGUUAAUAUUUUAAAAAGAAAGUAUUAGUAAGAAUAUUGCUUCUUUUUAUUUUUAAAUUCUAGACUUAACAAGCACCCAAUAAAAAUGUAAUUUUCAAUAUAUAUUAUAGGAGAGGAUUAUACAUGAAACUUCAAAUCUCUGUUAUGUACUGCUUGCUCUUUCUUUUUAAAUUUGUAAAAUAUUCAACAUGUAACUUUCAAAGUAUACCUACUUAUCCAUGAUUCUUUCUGAAUUUCCUUCUAUUCUCUUAUCUUUUGGUGGUGAAUGGAAUGAAAACUCUCCUACCUCCUUUUCCAAUUGAAAAAAGAAAAGAAAACCAAAACUCACCAAUCAAAUAUGCAUGCAACAAAUAAGCAAACAAAAUCAAUUCCCAUGUUGGUAAUGCCCAAAAUGUAUUUUUCUCUUUGCUUCUUGAAUCCAUUAACUUUAUGUCAAGAGAUGAGUAAGUUACUUCAACACUGGAGGAUUAUUAUAGUGAACAACAUGCUUACCUCUUUUAAAGAGAUUUUUCUUCAUAACAUUUCAACAUUACUUUUUUCAUUCUAGAAAACAAAUUUUCUUUUUAAAUAUGGCUAUUAUAUCUAGUAAAAUACAAUAUAUAUACCUAGGUGUCAUUAAAAUAUCUUAAUGACAAUAAAGUAUAAACAAAAGUGUGCUUAAAUCUGUAUUCAGAAUUCAUUAGUUCUCUCUAUGGAGGUGACAACAUUUUUCAUCAUGGAUCCCUUGGAAUUAUCUUGGGUCAUUGUCUUAAUCAGAAUAGCAGGAUGGUUGGAUAGGUAGUUUAGGUGAUAGAUAGAUAGAUAGAUAGAUAGAUAGAUAGAUAGAUAGAUAGAUAGAUAGAUAGAUAGAUGGAUGGAUAGAUGGAUAGGUGGAUGGAUGGAUGGAUGGAUGGAUGGAUGGAUGGAUGGAUGGAUGGAUGGAUGGACAGAAAUACUUUAGCAUGCUACUUUUCUAUUUUAUUUUUAAGAUCAAAGCUUUAACUUCUAUAAGAGUAGUAAUUCAUGGAGUUCUAGCUGUAAAUGCAGAAAUGAUUAAAGUUCAAUGUUGAUAAAAACCCA